ACUGGAGUGGCUGUCAUGUGCCGCACCAGUGAGGAAGUAUGAACUGGACAGCGUUGAAUUGUGCAACAUAGAGGAAGCGAGAGUAUUUGAAUGUGCCAGGUCCCUGUCGCAUAGAUGGUUCAUUUGGCCUCUGUGUAACUCACAGCACAGGAUGGAUCAGCGAUGUGACCAUAGACGAUAGAUUGCCACUGAAAUUUGUCAAAGUGGUGACGUGAAUGGGGUAUAUAAUUAAUUCCACAGGUCUUAAUUUGGAGUGAUGUAGGUGAUGAGGAGAAACAGUUACCACUGAGGAGUAAUAUGUAAAAUAUACAAGAGGGUUGCCUGGGCAACCAGAGCCUGGCGUGCACACAAGAAACAACGUGUGUUUGUGUGUGUGAGGCUUCAAUGGUGGAGUGGUAUGGCAGAGGGAAGGUCAAGGAAAAACAGCUUGGCUAGGAAGGGACAUCUGCACCCUUCACUGUGGUCUCAAACCAUGAAUAUUGUGGGCCAGUUGGCAGAGACUGUCUUCGUGACGGUCAAGGAGCUGUAUCGUGGCCUUAACCCUGCCACUCUCACUGGGGGGAUCGAUGUCAUUGUGGUGCGUCAGCCUGAUAGGUCUUUCCAGUGUUCACCCUUUCAUGUCCGCUUUGGAAAGCUGGGCGUGCUGCGCUCCAAGGAGAAAGUUGUGGACAUCGAGAUAAAUGGAGAAUCAGUGGACUUGCACAUGAAACUAGGAGACAACGGCGAAGCUUUUUUUGUUGAAGAACAUGAAAACAUGGAGUCCCAAGUCCCGGCCCAUCUUUGCACCUCCCCGAUCUCUUUUGCCACCGCGGAGGGCACAGAGGAGAACCCUGAAGGAUCCUCCACCGCACGCAAGAAGAAACGCCGCCGUAAACGCAUGCGUUCAGACAGUCACCGAAAAGAAGAGGCCAGCUCAUCUUCAGAGGAGCGAGAGAAAGACAAAGAGUGGGAGAGUGAUCAGACCACCAGGCAGGAGAGUCCGGCGAAAGAUGAACAUGUCACACCGUUGCAAGUCAGUAAGUCUGUGUACUACUCGCUGUCAGAGGAGCCAAAUGAAGUGGAGCUGGAGGCCAGAGAUGCCUAUCCACACUCAGACGGGGACCAGUCACCUGUAGAAAAUGUGUUUAACAGUCGGCCAUCUUCUCCUAAGAGUGACUCUGAGCUUCUGGUUAAAAGCCAAGAGUCCCCUGGGCUGCCGAUGCAGUGGAACUGGGGAGGCUUUCCCAUGCCACGGCAUCCUGAGAGGACACCAGUGGAGAUCGAGCACUCCAGCUCUUGUCAUUUUCGUACUAUUCAGAGACAAGACUCCAUUGACUUGGGCAAUGAACCUGUGAUCAGCUGUGGCAAAGUGGGCCGGGUAACUGUGGUCAGACCACAACCCAGGACUCAGUCUCUAGACUUGAGCUUGAGCUACUCCUCACAAAUGCCUCUGACCUUUGACACACCUUUUCACUUUGCCGGUUCAAGCCAUAGUGAACUUUCAAAGUCUUGUACAUCAACAGAGGUAGGGACCCCUACGUCUCUUGCUCAGGAAGAUGCUUCAGUCAUAACUGAGCAUCUCAGCAGUGUGAGUGAAGCAGCUUGCCCGGAUGACAUAAGUAAAAAUAACAGUCAAACAAUUACAGAAGGUGAAGAUGCUAUAAUCCAAACAAAUGAUGCAGACAGCAGAAGCAUAGAUUGUGCAGAAGCAUCUAAUCUCGCACCGUUAAGUGAACAAGGCUCCGCUGGUAGUGCUCCUGCCAGUGAUGGCGACAGUGGGAUAGACCCCUGUGCCGAGGGAGGGGAGGAGGAUGGCAGACCCGUGGUGGCAAAAGCUGAGCCCAAAGACAACGGGGCCAGCUGGAUGGCUGCCGAAGAGUUAGCAAGCUGCCCAGAGACAUCCACCAAACACGAGCAACGAGACCCGAAGAAGAACAGGCGUAAUCACCAUUUGGGACCAACAGACAUUUACUUGGAUGAUCUGACCUCGCUGGAUCCUGAGGUUGCAGCACUCUACUUCCCAAAGAGCAGUGAAGCAGAGGGUUCCUCUGCUCAUGUAGCAGAUCAAGGCUCCUGCUCAGGAAGCCAGUCACCACAGUCUGUGGGCGCGAUAGACAGCGGUACUGAAUACCACUCCGAUUCUGCCUCCCACGCCACAGAGGUCAGCAUGUCCCUUUGUGGACAAGUGGGUGACACAAGCCAAAUCACAAAAGAGAAGUUUCUGGAGCACUCUGUGUCAUACCAGGACUUUGCCAACAAUCCAGGCAUCAUUGAGGACCCAAGUCUUGUAAUUUGCAUCAACUCCAACUAUUAUAAUUGGGCAGUGGCAGCUCCAAUGGUCUUGUCUAUGACAGCUUUCCAAAAGAAUCUACCUAAGAGUACAGUCGAGAGGCUGGUGAAGGACAAAAUGCCCAAAAAGUCAGGACGCUGGUGGUUCUCCUGGAGGAGGCGAGACUUCGACAUCAAUAAGCAGCAGCGCUCAAAGGAAGGCCAGGAGAUCAUUGUUGGAGAUAUGACCACUGCCAAAGCCACACUGGAUGAUGCGGACAGUGAUGAGGUGGCAGGGCUUAGUCGAAAACCUUUCCUUCCUUCCAGCUUGUCAACAGAAACCCUUCGCACCGCUCAGUGUAUCAGCCAGAUGUACCGCAAGUCUCUACGUCUGACCUCCAAACAGAUUGAGAACUUGAAUCUGCGUGACGGAGCCAAUAAGGUGCUUUUUAGUGUGACCACUCAGUACCAGGGCACCUGUCGCUGUGAGGCCACCAUCUAUUUGUGGAACUGGGAUGAUCGCAUCGUCAUAUCAGACAUAGAUGGCACCAUCACAAAGUCUGAUGCUCUAGGUCACAUCCUGCCUCAGUUUGGCAAAGACUGGACACACAAAGGCAUUGCCAAACUCUACCACAAAAUUCACCAAAAUGGUUACAAGUUCCUGUAUUGUUCAGCUCGUGCUAUAGGAAUGGCCGCCAUCACUAAGGAUUACCUACAGUGGGUCAACGACAAAGGCACUGUUCUCCCUAAAGGCCCAGUACUACUAGCACCGAGCAGUCUGUUUUCAGCACUACACAGGGAGGUGAUUGAGAAGAAGCCAGAGGUGUUUAAAAUUGCGUGUCUCAGUGACAUCAGGGACCUGUUCAACCCAAAGAGACAACCCUUCUAUGCAGCCUUCGGCAACAGGACCAAUGAUGCCUUCGCCUACACACAGGUCGGGGUGUCUGACAGCAAGAUAUUUACUGUCAAUCCAAAAGGAGAGAUGAUCCAAGAGAAGACCAAAGCAAACAAGUCCUCGUAUUGCCACCUCGGUGAGUUGGUGGAUCAUUUCUUCCCUGAGCUUGACGGGAGCGGGCCUUCUGCUUUGGUCUGUCCUGAGUUCAGCAGUGUCUCCUAUUGGAAGGAACCUCUGGCAGAACUGGACCUUGACACACUACUGUAGACACACCGUACCUCCUUACCUUUUGCCCAAAUGCAUUGCCAUUGUCUGCCUUAAUGUUUUUCCCAGCAUGCCUAAUCAUGCCAUUGAUUAACUUUAGCAACUGUGGUGUGGGUGCUGAAUGAACUGCCAAUAUUUCCUGCUUAUGACAAAAUAAGUGAUAAUCAUAGAUGUUGCAUUUGAGUGCUAAAGCAUGAAUUACACUGCUCUGGCUGGCCGAUGCUCAAACACAACAAAUCCUACAAUCAGUCCAAUGUGACAGGCAAAUAUGCAAUUGUUCAAGUCAGAUAUUGCAUUUAUUUUUGUAUGUAGCACUGACAUUGAAUGAAAUUAUUUUUGCUUGACAGCUCAAAGUGUGGACCAAAAAUAUAUAAAGAAUCAACUUUAGUUCUUCCCUGAAUGCUGGAAGUUCCAAAUCUAACUCCUAUUGAGUAUUUUAUGUGAUGGGACCACUUUCCCAUAGCUUUGAUGUGACCACGUCCUGUUGUAUGCGUGCGUGUGUGUGUGUGUGUGUUUGGGAGGCUUGUAAAGAUGCAAAUACGACAUGUUAUUUUGUAUAUUUGUCUUGGCAUUUACUAUUGUACUCCAUUUGAGUUAUUGAAUGUGUUUUUAUCAUCAAUGCCCUGCUAGUAAAGGACUUACUGUAUGCAUGAGAAUUGCUGAUUCAGGAUGCAGGGGAAUAGCUGUAAAAUCGUGCUGGUAUUUUUUUGAAUUAAUACAAAAGGACUGUGAUAACAAGUUACACAAAUACUAUGCUGAUCAUUACUGAUCUACUAAAUAGCACAUUUCAUGUUUUCCUUUUAGGUACUGCACUACCAGCUUUAGAAAUGUUCGUACACUGUGAAUGAGGACGUGGUUAUGUAGUGACUUGUCAGCUGACACAGAGUUAACUAACCAGCAAUGUUUUUUUUCAAUUCUUUAAUGACACUGUUAUAUUUAUUUUUUUGCAUAAUUUGCAUGCUACAGAGGUACAUCGACUACACUGCAGAUGGUUACUUGGUUUUGCAUACAAAAUGGAUGCAUCUAAAAUAAAAUCAGU